ACGUUUUAAAAAUAUAUAAUUUUAUAAUAAGUAUAUACCUAUAAUAACUGUGUCGAAGAUAAUAUUAGUUAUACCUAUAUGAAUAAGAAUUCAGAAAUUCAUUUCUAUCACUAAUCACUAAUUUCACGAUAAAUAAACAGAAUAUGUCAGCCGCCAUAUUGUUUUACUGGACAGGCGGCCAUGCUGUGCCAUGCCGGAAGAUUUAUUUUUUAGUGUGCGCGUUGUGUUUAUCUUGUGUUAUUUAAACAGUUAAAAUGCUUAUAUAAUACCUAGUUCACAUUUGUUGUUAGACGUAUUACAACCAUGGAAGAAAACACCAUAGACCUGACCGAUCCUCUGGAGGAGCUUUUGAGGAGAACCGGUUGGACCCCUGAAUAUCUUCAAGAACGGCUUGUAAAAAUGACUCGGAAAAACGUUAAGAAAGCAGAGGAAAAAGUGCCUUUGGAAGAGAUUACUCUCAGUAAUCUACUGGGUAGUAGUAAAUUCUCAGGCUCAGAAGAAAUUCAAGAAGCUUCAGAUUGUAUAGUAGUUUCAGAUGAAGAAGAUUCUACUAACAGAAAGAAUACCGAGCACGGAACAAAAAAUGGUUCAGAAAAUAAUUCUGAUAAAUUUACCAUAAUUGACGUAACUGAUGACAGCCUUCCUGAAAAGACUGAACAUUUAAAUUUAGUCAAGGAAGGCGAUCUUGUAAAACAAAAGGGAGGAGUUUCAACUAAUAUUGUUAAUAAUACUGAAAAUAUUAUUAAUUUGAGUAGUGAUAGUGAAGAAGAAAGUGCCAGUAUUUUAUCUGAUAAAAUCUGUGGUGAUAUUAAAACAGAUGUUUAUGAAGAAAAAUCUGUUUGUAUAACCCCUGAUUAUAGUCAUACGAAACCAAAAACGUCGGUAAUAGACAGGGAAAUUGAAAUACAGCAUUCUAAAGAGAUAGAUUUUGAUUCAAGCCAUAGUAAAACCAAUAAAUCAGUCGAUUCACAUAUUCCGUUAAAUGAAUGUGAUAUUAAAACAGCCGUUAAUGAAGAAAAAUCUGUUUGUAUAUUUCCUGAUCAUAGUAAAGAACUUCCAAAAACGUCCGUAAUAGAUGAGGAAAUUGAAGUACAGCGUUCUAAAGAGAUAGAUUUGGAUUCAAGCCAUAGUAAGGUCAAUAAAUCAGUUGAUUCACAUAUUUCGUUAAAUGAAUGUGAUAUUAAAACAGACGUUAAUAAAGAAAAAUCUGUUUGUAUAUUUCCUGAUCAUAGUAAAGAACUUUCAAAAAUGUCCGUAAUAGAUGAUGAAAUUGAAAUACAGCGUUCCAAAAAGGUAGAUUUUGAUCCCAGUCAUAGUAAGUAUAAAGUAAAUGAAACAAUUGAUUCACAAGUGCCGUUAAAUGAAUUACAAAACGUUAACUCUUCUAAGAUCUCUGAUAAUUCAAAACAAAUAGAAGAAAAAUGCCAAAGUCUAAUUACAACCGAAAAUACUAGGGUAUCAAGUGUUUCUGAAGAAAAACGAGAUAUUGAAGAAUCAAAAUUAGAAAAACUAUGUAAUAAGGGAAGUGAAUCAUCUGAAGAAAAUUCGGCAGAAAAUUACACACACGAUAGUCUUAGCCAUAUAAGCGACGUAUCGGAUAACAAACCUUCAACGUCAGGGAAUGACUCCAGUCCAAAAACAAUGAGUCAGGAAUGUGUUCAAGGUUCAAGCAGUAUAAAUUUGGUUGAUGUUAAUGAUUCUAAAUGUAGUAAUCCUGAUGAGGAACCAAUUGAUGAUAAAUUGACAGAUAGCAAAAAUGAUGUUGAAUCUGAGUUUGAAGUAGAUUGUAAUGAUGAGCAGGAAAGUUCCGACAAUUUAGAAAAAAUUCGAGAAAAUUUGAGGUUGCAACUAUCUAACCUAAGGAAUCGAAAGAAAACUAACCCAUUGGAUGAAAUAAGAACUCGAGUAGUGGACGCGGAAUAUACAAGAAAACUAACUUUAGGAAGUUAUAUAUCAGAGAGAACCAAUCUAGCAUCAAAAUACAGUUGCAAAGAUAAACCUUCGGAAGAAUUUGAAAAAUCACCUGAGACGGAAAGUGAUGAACGAAAUAUUUCUACCGUUUAUAACGAAAUUCGAAAAAUAAUCAGUAAAAAGAAGAGUUCCGAUACCUUAUCGGAUUUUAAAAUAGCGGAUAACCCAGCUUACACUCCGCUGAUAAGUACCCAGAAUACUAAUAAAGAUAUACCGCAAAUUGCCAAAAGUUCAGUAGAUUUAGAAAAUAACUCCGAUAGAUCUAUGUCUGAUUUGAUUAAAAAAGAACUGGGUGCGCCUGUUACCGAUCAGAUUUCCCCAUUUCUUAGUAAUAGCUUAGACGAGUUUCUAACAGAUGCGAAACUUAACGUUAGCUAUGAAAUACCUAAGUGCUAUGCCGAGGAAGGAUUGCGUCAACAACACGAUAACGUAACAGUGAUGCCGACAGUUGCUUCUCAAGUAAAUACCGGAAAAGAAAAACAGAAGCAAGAAAAUAUAAAAUACAAACCAAAGACUUUAGCUGAGAAAAGAAGACUGCUUGAAAAGGAGUCGCUAAAGCAUAUAAAACAAUUGAGAAAACAUAGGAAUAUAGAAAAAAAUAAGCACCAUAGUUACGUUAUGUUUAGAGAUAAGAAAUUGUUUGUUAAAACAAAAACGCUACCGAAAUGUUUAGCUAAUAUCGAAUCUACUAUUUUACCAUCGGUUAAAAAAGAAGAUGGGCCCCAAGAAAUCAAGAAACCAUCGCUGUUGGAAGAUUUUCGAAGGAAAAGUUUGGAACUAACAAAAUACAAACCUGGACCAUUAAGUAAGAAGCCCCAUCUUCAGAAUCAUGGCUUAAAUUGGUCGACACUUGUUAAGAAAUUACCCAGAAUAAUUUUAGAUGUAACUCCGCAGAUUAACAAACCGCUACCGAAAAAUUUGCUUCAUUUAUUGCCAAAAUGGGAUGGUAAUAUCACAGAUUCCCAAUUAGAUUUUGCCUUGUCGGUGGUUAAAGAUAAGCGAGGUGAUGGAACAUCUAAAACAUGCUCAUUUGAAAUACCUUACGAACACGAUCAGGUGUAUAUUCUUGUUAAAAAGAAACAUUUGAAUACUAGGUUAAUUAGUUUAGAAGAUUCUACUACCGCAAAUAUCGAAGAUGAAGUGCAAUCGGUUAUGCAUAAGCUUCUGAAUUAUGUUGAAAUUAAUGCAAUAUCUCCAUAUUUAAUAAAACAAACGGAAAAUAUACAGGAAACACCUCAUGCUAUUACUAAUAACGACACGUUGGUUAAGCGUAAAAAACGUUCCAAAGUAGAUUUAGAAUUGUCAAGAUUGAACUGUAAACUAAUCAAUGUUGAAGUGGAUGAAAACGAUUCGAACCAAAAAUGUACCAAAGAAUACUGCACAUUAGGUUGCGUAUGCAAGUCACUUCAAUGUGAUACUCUUAUCGGAAUGCAUUGUCGAAAAGUAGAAUGCAUGUUUGAAUGUUCCUGUCCGCAACGGAAUAUUUUCAUUGAUCCUUUAAUAGAACAAGUUCCUGCUGGAACCGGCUUGUUGUCCAUCGACACAGUCAGUAGAAUUGAAGACGAAGCGAAGAAGGAUUUAGCAAAAGAGGAAAAAGAGUUUACUCAAACUGUGAUAUGUACUAAAAACAGAGCGAUCGUUGUGGGUUGUGAGAGUAAAUCCAGAAGAAUUUCUAAAUUACCCAAAAAAUAUUCAAACUUCUUUGACGAGGAAGAUUCUGUCGAAGCUUCAAAAGAUUUAAACAAAAACAAACUGAAAACUGAGCCACAAUGCAGUGUGGUUCUCGACAGGUGGGAUUUUUCCGAUAUAAUUCCUUAUUGUUUAGUGCAUUCUUUACACAAUUGUUUUUGUAAAGGUCGGGCUACGUUUAAAGAUAAAGUCAUCAAGGAAGAAGUGAAAAAAUCUGUAAAGAUAGAAAAUAUACCUAAAAAACAAAUCACCAUCAAUAAAACUCCCAAUGUGAGUAUUGAUAAUAUGAAAAAAGAAAAACCAGAGGAAUCGUUGAAAAAUGAUAUUCGUAAAGCGGCCAUUAUCAAGAAAGAACAUAAUAUAGACAAUGGCCAAACUCUUUAUUCCGUCACAGGCAGACCAAUUCGGAAAAAUAGAAAAAUAUACGAUUCGGACUUUGUCUGUGCCGGUACUCGGGAUAGUACUCGUUCAGAUGACAAGCAAGAUUCUGAUAAUGAAAAAAAAUUCAUCCGACCCCUAAAGUCGCCAAAAACCAAAUUCAUCGAGUUACCUCAAAACGUAAGGAAUAAACGUAAGGCAAUGGUUGAUACCGAUAAUACUCCUUACAGUGAACAAAAUAAGAAAAAAACAAAUCCGUACUCUAAUGACUUGAAAAUUGAAAAUGUUUGCGACAAGUCUACUCUGGAUUGUUCUAGAACAAAUGGAUCGGUCACCUAUUCAAAUACCUUUAAAAAAUUCAGUAAACUCGCAUUAAAGAAUGAUUUCGUUAACGUAACCCAGUUAGAUUUAUCUCCAGAUAAGGAUGAUAAACGUUUGUCGGAAUCUGACAAACUUAAAAUAGAACUAGUCGAGAAUAAGAAGACUAGUAGUAGAACUGUUCUUAGGAAAUCAAUUUCUACUGAUUGUGAACAGUCUAAUUGUAUAUCCGGUUGCACGUGCCCCACUUUAACAGGCUGUUCAACUAACGACAAUUCUUCGAGCGAUAAAAAACGUAAACGUAAACAGGAAAUGCUCGUUAGGUCGGAUGAUAUAAUCGAAAUAAAAGAUACUUCUCCACCACAGAGGCAGAGGAUUGUUAAUCCAGUAUUUGAUGGAGAAAUUAUCGUCCGAGAUGGUCAAUUAAAACUGACCGAAGAUUACGCUAGGAUUUUACCUUGGAGCGCUCUACUUCAAGGUUUCAUUUCCAGAAAAAUUAACGUUUAUUGUAUAUUCAACUCUCCCUUAAAACUGGUUAUAACCAAAGGCGUGAAAAUGUCGGGACUAAACGUUAAGGAUAUUUACAGUUACGGAAAAAAGUUCGUGGACAUCCCCAUUAAAUCGAAGAAUCCCUCUUUUAUCAGACAGUCAGAAAACGUGCAGGACAUUAUAAAGUGGUUACUCUCCGGAAUACUACCUUUGACCUACGAAAAAACCAGUUUGGCGUUUUUGCUGGUUCAGAUUACGCCUCAUCAUUUCGAAGUGAGAGGUAUAUGUACUCAGAAAGUAAAUAAUACGCCUAAGAAUGACAAGUGGAUUAAUUCAAGGGAAUCGAUAGAUUUCUCUGAUCAGAUCGUCGAAGUGAAACAUAGAGGCCUGAAUAACAUUAUCGGGUCGUUGUUUAUCAAAAAAGCAAUGUUCCCUUUAAAAGAUCUGUUCGGAGAAUUCGGAUAUUACAAAAAAAGUUUGCUUAUGUCCGCAGAUUUACCUGGAAUAUCUGACGUGGAAAAAUGGAGGGUAGUUUUUUUGAACGAAAAAUUCGAAUAUCUAUAUUUCAAAAAUGUAAAUUAUUCUAUAAAAUACAUCGACCUGCUUAGACUUACGGCCCUUGCGAAAGAACAUAAAUAUACGUUAAUUUUAAAAAAUAACUACAUCAGAAGAUGUUCGACUCAUAACUUAUUCGGUUUGUAUAUAAGUCGCAAAUAUUCAGACAGAAUAUUCAUCGGUCCGUAUCAAAUGAGCGACUAUAGUGAGGAUGUAGAAACGUUAAAAUUAAUUAAUAAAUCGUUGGUCAGUAAGGAAUCGCUGAAUAAAAUGAAAGGAAUGACUGCUACAUGUGGCUGUUGGAUGUAUGAACCGAAAAAAAUAGACACACCAACACCAACGCAAUCAUCCGUUGAAAAACCUUCCUCGGAUUUGAAAAAAGAAAGUAGUACUGAACUUUCGCCUACCAAAAACAUAAAAACUGAUAAAAAUGAAACAUCUGAGAUUUUAAACGUAUCUCCCCGAAAAAACUUAAAAUCUAAAAAUCACCAUAUCCUAGUUCAUAAAGGAUACUCGAUCACUAUAAGAAAAUCUAAACCUAGAAGUCCCACUGAAUUUAACAGGUUUUUAAUAACAAAUAUCCCACAGUUCGGUUAUUUGGGAGCGUACCAGCUAGAUGAUUCCAAUAUUUUAGAGGUGUCGUGGCCUUUUGAAGAAAAAGUGCUUCAGUUUAAAAAUUCUGACCAUGCACUGGAUUUCCUAUUAGAGCGUUUCAAUCAGCUGUUGCAACCAGUUCCAGAAACGUUUAGGAUUCAAAUUAAAGUUUUAUUUAAUCUAGAUUUAGAGGAAUACAAACCAGUAGAUGCGAAAGUUUUAAACGGCCAUUGUAUUUGCGGAGACUUUGGCACAUAUAAUUUCAAAGAAUUAACCGACGAAUUUUGUAGAACGGAGCUUAAGAUAUCUAAAGCGGAAAUUACGCAGCUUUUCUCUAAACGAGCUCAAGCUUACAUUAUAGAUAAAAUACAGGAUUUAGCGGAUCUAGUUGGACUGAAUCAGUUCUCAGACAGAGAAAACUACAAUAUGCGUAAUAUAUUGUCUAAGGCAAAAGAGGUGAUAAAAACGGCGGAAUCUCGUAAUCGGGAAUUAUUUCAAGAAAUCACAAAACAAGAAACUAAGUUGGCAGAGAAUGUUACAUAUAUCCGAACACUCGCCAGCGAUCUGCCGGAAAAAUAUCGUAACAUCGAAUCUUGUGUACUAAAUGACACGUUACAAAUACGACCGUCCACACUGAACUCAAACGAGGUGGUGGAAAUUAUCGAUGAUAAUGAACCUGACGAAGUAGACGAUGUCAUUUGGAUACCGGAAGAAUCAAAUAAUGCGGACAAAAGUGAUACUAAAAAAGAGCAACCUACAGACGUGAAUUCUGGACAAAACUUGACUAAUACUACACCAGAAUGUGGUGAAGUUCAAGAAGAUUCUGCUUUAAAAACACCAGUUCCGACGUUAAGAGUUAAAGCUCCGUCAGAACUAAAUAACUUGGACAGUAAUGAUUCAAGUCAAUGCAUUAAUGAAAUAGAGAUAAUUUUUUCGAGCGAUGAAGAUACAGAACCUGAUGAAUCAGUAGAGGAAAUUGACAAACCAUUCACUGAACAAACAGACAGUGAAAAUUUUAUACCAAGUGGUGAUAUCGUGAUUGAAGAUAGUGAAGUAAUAGGUUAUAGGCAUGUUAUAAAGCUUUAGAUAUUAGAAACUAAUAUCUAAAGCUCGUUAUAAACAUACAAAGUGUUGUAUCAAGUAAAAAAACUACCGUUGAAAGACAUUUCCGAUUCUGAGGAAUAUUUGAGUAGUUCUUUAAGAACUUAAAUUAUAUAAAAAGUAAAAUAAACUUUUUCACGAUCAUAAAUAAUUGUCCAUUAAAUUCAGUUGGCCCUUAUAAAAAAAUAUAUAUUCUGUCCAACGAGUCUGUGAAGAUUGCGACAGACGACAUCCAAAAAAUGACAGAAAAUACAAUUUACCUGGGAGUUAAAAUAGAAGACACGACAGUCGUUGUCCUUGACUCUCUCGUUGGACAGACUAUAUCAUUCUUUAUUAUUAUUAUAUAAGUAUAGUACUUUCAAAGUCACUGGGGCUCAACAUUUCGGCUCUGCCUUUGUCGGCAUCGUCUAGACUAGAUAAACUGUCUAUAGUCCGAAACAAAUCCAAGUCACUUUGGAAAUACUUUAUAUUUUUUGUUAUAUAUAAUUUCGUUUUGUUAUAACACAUUUUGUUUUGUUAAUUAAAAUAAUUAUUGUAAGGCUGUAAAUUUGUAAAUAAAUAUA